UAUCCCCUCCACCUCCGAAGCAGAAAGCUAAAUCCACCACUUCACUCAUCACUACCUCUCUUUUUUAUAUUUCUCUCUUUCUUUCUCCAUUGAUCUUUUCUCAUCACACAUAAAUGGCAUCACACCUACCCUUCAUAGCUACCAUCACCGUCUUCCUCUUUCUCUCUCUCUCCCUCACCCCUUCCCACUCCGCCACCACCUGCGCCUCCCCAAAGCUUCCCUCCAACCGCACCUUCGCCAACUGCACCGCCCUCACGGCGCUCGGCGCCACCCUCCACUACAGCUACAACGCCACCAACCGCUCCCUGGCGGUGGCCUUCGCCGCCGCGCCGCCCUCCGCCGUGGGGUGGGUCGCCUGGGGCCUCAACCUGGGCGGCUUCGGCAUGGUCGGCGCUCAGGCCCUGGUCGCCAUCCCCGCCGACGGUGCCGUGGCCGUCCACCGCUACAACCUCUCCUCCUACAAGGACGUUAGCGAGGUGAAGGCCUUCUCCUUCGACUCAUGGAACGUCUCCGCGGAACAGACUAACGGCGUCAUAACGAUCUACGCGUCCGUCAAGAUCCCGGAAACGGCGCCCAACGUCAGCCACGUGUGGCAGGUUGGCCCCGUCUCCGGAGGGAAGCCCGAUAUCCACGCCUUGAAGUCGGAGAACAUCAAAUCCAAGGCGGCGCUGCCCUUCGCGGUGGAGGCCGCGGCGGCGACUGGGAACGCCACCGGCAACGCGACUGCGCCCGCGAGUGGGGAAAAGAGUGCUUCCGCGGGAGAGAGGCUUCACGUUUGGUGGGUGCUCGCAUUCAUUAUGGGCCUUGUCGCCUUUUGAUGUGAUUCUUUUCACUUUUUACUUUUUACCACCUUCAGCCACUUGGUCUCUCAAUAAUUUUUAUUGUACUGUCAUAUUUCCAUUUUUUUAAAUAUUUAUUGUAGUACUAUUUUUUUUUGUCUUUA